AUGUAUUCCGCCUCCAGUGGACAGAAACGUGGUUUGCUUAGGCCACAUUCGUCACACAGCGGACCAGUGUUUCGAAAUUGGCCGCUUUUUGGUUUUCUAGCUGGCCUUGUGCUGUUUUUUUAUGUUUUUUAUGUAUAUCAAGCCCAAAAUGUCGAACUCACUUUGGCUAAAGAACAGACAGAAACUGAAAAACUUAAUUCAAAGAAACUGCUUGAAAAGAUUACUGAUCUUAGUGCCUCGUUGGAGAAGCAGAAAAUGGAUUUUGAAAAUGCUUUGGAGAAGCUGAAAAGUGAGAAGGUCUCAUUGGAGGCGAAGCUGAAAAACUGUUCAACUCUUUAUGAAAGUCAGCGGGGAAGUAUGUUACAGCUUGAAAAUGAGAAAAAGUGCGUUAGAAUUUUUGCUAAUGCGUUUAUUCGUUACUUUUACAAGCAUUUACAUUUUAAAAUACAUAUGGAUUCUCAAGCGUUUCAUUCUGGUCAUUCCUCAUCUCUGAAAUUUGAUUUUUGCUACGGGUUACGAGAUCAGCUUCGUAAAGUUCAGUCGGCAGCCAGCAUUCAGCUUCCUACAAAGGAUAGCAACUCUAAUGUUAUUAAAGACACGAACGAUAUGAUGAACAAGGAUAUUAUUCGCCAAAGGUUAUUGGGAGAAAAAAUAUUAAGCAAUUCUCCAGGUCUCGUUACUCAAAAAAAUGAGCCAGAUAAAAAUGUGUUAGCCAUUCCCGGUGUUGUAAAAAAUGGUCAGGAUAAUGAUAAAGAGAUAAAUCACGAUGAUGAAAAAAAGCAGGUUGAGUUGGGAAAUGAAAAGAAGACUUAUGAUGAUGAGGACGACAUGAAAAAGAGACUCCAAGAAGACACGGGAGGCGAAAAUAUUCAAGCGCAAGAUAAUGAACUAAAGGCCAGAGAAAAUGUCAAAGAGCCUGAAGGGAACGAAGAAAAUAAUUAG